UUUUUGGGCGGACCGUUGGCCCGAGGUUGGGGAGAUACAAUUCGGCUUUGGACACUUGUUUGGGAGAGGGGCAUUGUGCUCAUAUGCCAAGCACACGACAAUAUACAAUUGCUGUUUGUAAAACCAUCGUCCUUUUAUGCUUUUCUGAUACGAGUGCCGAGUCUGCACACUGCAUGCCGCAUACCACAAACUUCAACGACGGCGUACCGGGACCCCUUGUGUCCCCCAUGUGUGUGGCCGAGACAAGGGGCCCUUGUUGGCACAAGGGAGAGAGAGACGGACAGAGAGCUGCCCGGGUGCAUUGCAUUUUCAUUUUCGGCCGAGUCUGGGAUAGGAAAACGGCUCUAGUAAGUGUCCGGGAGAGGGAAGGAGGGAGAUUCUCAGAUGGCCGACGCUCUCAGAGAUUCCGGUGGCCUGAAUCGCCAUCUCGGCUUAUCCCCACCCCGCCGCCCUUUCCUCGUUGCGGCGAUCAUGAUAGAAACUCGUGCCGGCCAGCCGGUAGCAGAACGCCGUCCGUCCCAAAGACAAAAAUUCCCAACAUGAGGGAUCCCGUGCGUUCGGGCGAUGGCCAUGAGACGAAAAAUCAUAUCCCCUAUGCUUCCCCCGCGCGCGGAGAAGAUACAGCACCAUCGAGUCGCGGCACUUACACUAACCCGGGCCACAGACAAAACAAGGUGGCAGCCCAGGACUCUGCCUAGCUGUCCCGCUCUGCUUUACUAGACCAGAAUAUAAACUCACCCAACUUUCUGUCAUUCGCGUCGCGGUGCUAUCGUCUCCUGUCAGGGCGGCUCAACACCGCCAUGUGGGCACGCGAGGCCAUGAAGCGACCAAACCGCCCAGAAUGUAUACAUCUAGCAAGCUACGGGGGGGGAGGGGAAAGGGGUAUCGUC